ACAUUUUUAUCACGAGAAGAAGAAUUUCAAGGGAACCUGCGCAGAGCGGUGGAGUUUUUAUUUAAAGGAUGCCGUUCCAUUUUUGCCCCCAGUGCGGGACGAAGCUGCAGCCUGACUUCAGAUUUUGUCCAUCGUGCGGAGAGAAACUUCCCUGCAGCGCUGACGAACCAGGGGUUGGGAGUUCAGCUGCCCCCUUAAAGGACGAGGCAACAACAGCCGUAAUUAACACAAGCCCUGCUGCAAAAGUGCCCACCAAGGACGGUAAAUCUCCUAUUUCACCUCGCCCUGCUCUGCGAAACACCCGUAACACCCUGCAGCUGCAGAAAAACGUUAAAUUCAACAUCCAGGGUGCGUCUCCUUCAUCAUCUCCUGACACGACUGAAGCUAUGAGUGUUGGGAGUCAAACAUCUCCCACCUCUCCCAUCUCUCACACGGUCAGGGCUAACCUGGAGAUAAAGCCAACCUCCGAGGCUUCAUCACCAUCUGCUGUAAAAUCUCCCCGACCAGUGAGGGGGAAGGCCAAGCUGUCGAGCCCCACCAAGAAGGAGGCAGAAGAGGGAAAGAUCCCCUGUGAUAAAGCAACAGAAGCAUUAAAGGUGGAGCGGCCCGUGUCCUCCAAGUCUCCUCUGAAGGGAGGGGGGAGCAAAGCCAAGAAGGCGAAGCAUGCCUCCUUACUGGAGCCGCUGCAGGAAGGCGAGGAGCUGACGGACAAGACGGGGAAGAAGUGGAAACUGGUGAAGCUGAUUGGUCAGAGCCCGACAGACCUCCUUUAUGAAGUCGCUCAACCCAGGUCAAAAGAAGCCGAUCACGUCCUCAAACUGGGAGCUAAAGAUGGGAAAAUCUUCACUGAGCAGAACUUCCUGCAGCGAGCUGCUAAAUCUGCAUCUGUGGAAAAGUGGAUCAAGCAGAACAAGAUGGAUUUCCUGGGGAUUCCUAACUGCGUUGGUUUUGGUCUUCAUGCAGACUCCUACAGGUUCCUGGUUUUCCCCAACAUGGGCUCCUCCCUGCAGUCCGUCAUGGAGGAAGGAAACGGGCUUCUCUCUGAGGAGGCGGUUCUUCAGCUCGCCUGUCGAUUACUGGACGUGCUGGAGUUCAUCCAUUCAAACGAGUACGUUCAUGCCGACAUUAACGCAGAGAACGUCUACAUCAAGGCUGGACAGAGAUCACAGGUGUAUCUGGUGGGAUACUGCCAUGCCGUCAGGUACUGCCCAGGAGGCCAACACGUGGAGUACCGCGAAAACAGCCGAAUGCCACACGAGGGCGCCAUAGAGCUCAUCAGCCUGGACGCACACAACGGAGCAGCCCCGUCCCGUCGCAGUGACCUGCAGUCUCUGGGUUACUGCAUGCUCAUGUGGCACACGGGAACGCUGCCGUGGCUCGACCUCGCUCAGCCGGAGCAGGUGGCCACCCAGAAGCGGAGGUAUGUGGAUGAUGUGAAAGCCCUGCUGAGCUUCUGCUUUGGGAAGAGAAAAGUUCCAGGGGCAUUUCAGAGCUUCCUGACAGCAGUGAUGGCUCUGCAGUACGACGAGGAACCAAACUACUCAGAGCUGAAGGCUGAACUCAGCGCUGCCUUGCAGCAGCUGGGGGGGUCGGUGGAUCAGCCUCUAAAUAUAUCCAUGUAGACUGGCCCAGAAGAUGAGAGCCUGAACAUUUUGCUAAGUUUUAGCAGCUGAAAUUUUCUAAAGCACUAAAGCCUGUCCAGUUCAACAUUUGCUAACGUUUGGGUCAACAUUUCAAGAGAUUUCCAGAGGAUUUCUAGGAGGGUCCCAUGAUACACUGCACUGGGCUAUUUGGUUUUAAAUUCAAUAAGAUGUUGACACUGUUGCUGUUCUGGGACUUUCUUUUAACGUUUGUCGAUUUUACUUCACUGAAUUUUGUUGUUUAUAACUUGUGAAUUUUUCUGAAUGUGAAUAAAAAAUAAAGUUUGCUGCUUUUCUCCCAUCCUUGUUUCUGCUGAACAUUUACAAGAGUAUGUGUAUUAAACUAAAUAAAAUGUUAUAAACUGUG